AUGGCCCUUCCCACCCUCCCCCCCGAGCUCAUAUUCCAGAUAGUAUCUGAAGCGACUCCGUUCGAAGGGUGGGGACGGUAUUGGCCCUUGACGCGUUCCGUGAUCGAUGUCAAGAAUUUUCUGGCGCUGAGGCUAGUUUGCAAGGAGUUCAACAACAUCGUCCUCGACUAUUUCUUUGAAGAUACCAUUCUCCUCGAGGAAUUUGACAACGCAUGUCUUCAGCGAUGUGACCCGCCCACGCCAGGGGCUGUUCAGAUGUGUCGUUGUUUGCUCCUUCGGCAUCUAGAGCGAACUUCAGAGAAAAACGACAAUGCAGUUUCAAUCGCUUUUCGGUCGCAGCUUCGCAGGGUCGUGGACACUGCGGUGGAUGCGUUGCAUGGCAGCAACGGUAACGCCGACGUUGGCGAGCUCCGCGAAAUAUACACUCAGGGCCUCGCAACAGCAGUGAUCGGGUUCUCAGGGUGCUCUAGGCCGAUGGACGCUGUAGCCGGAGCAAGGCGCGCGGACGAGGAGGACGAGGUGGACGAGGAGGGGAUGCCAGUCUCGCGGCGAGAACCCAAUCAACAGGAUCUCCUGAACAUGGCACUGACGACAGCCGCGACGUUGGGUCGCCUAGAAGACAUGGAAGUGCUCAUCGAGAAAGGCGCUGACUCGAAAUUCGAGGGACAGGGGAGAUGGGUUGGUUCGGCGCUUCACGGCGCAGCGAUUGGCGGCCAGGUUGAAGCGAUGGACAUGGUCAUGGGCCACACUCGUAAUGCAGAUCGAGAGAGCGUCUUCUCGGGAAACACGCCUCUGCAUUACGCUGCAAUGUAUGGAAACUUGGAGGUGGUGCAUUGGUUACUGGGGUUUUGCCGCGAGCCGGACGAGACGAACGAGGACGAGCAAACGCCUUUAUUCUUCGCCGCCAGUUGCGGGCAUGCCGAGGUCGUGAAGGAGUUUUUUGAUAAUGACUAUACCAUGCUCAAGGCGGGCCAGGCGGAUAUGCUUGACUUGAUGGACUGUGCCAGUUCUGAUGAUGACAACUCGGACGAUGACGACUCGAGCGUUCGCAACAUAGAUGGGCUUACCAUAAUCGACAUCGAGGCGGAUGAUUACCGGGGACGCACUCCCAUGAUGAUGGCCGUGCAGCGGGGCUAUGCAGAUGUCGUCAACCAGCUGAUGUGGAGAGCGGACGUGAAGAUCAACCGUUGCAAUGACGAAGAGUACGACAUGAGCCUGCUGGCGACCGCCGCCUCGAAAGGCUACGAACAGAUCUUCCGCCUCCUGCUACAACACCCUGAGAUAGCCAGAGACAUCAAGGACAGCAGCGGUAACGGGAUCCUCAAACACGCGGCUGUAGGCGGAAACGAAAGCAUCGUCAGGGAAGUGCUGACAUGGCACGACGUGGAUGUCAACGCGCGAGGUGACGAUGACUCGACCCCAAUCAUGUGGGCUGCAUUGUACGGCCACGAGUGCGUCGUCAAACUGUUGAUUGAUCAUGGCGCCAGCGUGGACCUCCGCUCAAGCCAGCUGCAUCUCCAGCUGAUGAGAUUCUAUCAGUCCGAAUUCGCGACAGAGGAGCGUCCAAUUCCAAGCCUCCAACUCGCCAGGGCCAUGACGGGGAGGACGACAGUGCUGGUCGGUGCAUCCGCGCUUGACGCCGCAGCGCACGGCGGCCACGAAGGGACGGUAGGACUGUUGAUAUCGCAGCCCGACAUUGAACUCGACCAGCGGGACCUGGACGAACGGACGCCGCUUGCCAACGCGGCGCUUACUGAACAUGCGGGCGUUGUCAAGCUACUGCUGGCUAGGCGCGAUGCGGUCGAUCCUGAAGCCCAAGACAAAGACGGCUGCACGCCGUUAAUGCUUGGGGCCCGAGGCGGCGACGUGGGUGUCAUCAGAGCUCUUUUGCAGGAUCCUCGUGUGGAUGUCAACCGGACUGAUAAUAAAGGCUGGACGGCGUUGGCCCAUGCCGCCAACCUGAAUAAGCAAGAUGCUAUGAAGCUGCUGGUGGAAUUGGCCAAGUUCAAGGGGGAGAUUCGAACUGCUAUAGCAGCUUCUAAGGAGCGUGGAUGGCCAAAAAUAGAGUCAUUCCUAAGUCCAUAUUUGCAGAGAUUGCCGGAGGAGUAA